CAGUCCGGCAUGUACAGAACUCGAAGUAAUGAUGAUGAACUGGUUGGGAAAGUUAUUGCAUUUGCCCGAAGAGUUUCUUAACUGUGCAGGUGGAAAUGGUGGUGGAGUCAUACAGGGUUCUGCAAGCGAGAGUACUUUAAUAGCCCUUUUAACAGCGAAAGAAAAAAUGGUGCGGACUUUUAAACAAAAGCAUCCAGACAUGACUGAGAACGAUAUCAAAGGGAAACUUGUUGCGUAUACCUCUGAUCAAGCUAACUCCUCCGUGGAGAAGGCUGGAAUACUCGGAUCCAUGAAAAUGAGACUUUUACCGGCCGAUAGCGAUUGCAUCUUAAGGGGCGAGACGUUAAAGAAAGCGAUAGAAGAAGACAGGAAGAAAGGACUUAUACCAUGCUACGUCGUUGCUACGCUAGGUACAACAGGUACAUGUGCUUUCGACAAUUUAGAAGAACUUGGACCUAUAUGUAACGAAGAGGAUCUUUGGCUUCACAUAGACGCUGCUUAUGCCGGAUCGGCUUUUGCAUGUCCAGAAUACCAACAUUACAUGAAAGGUGUUAAAUACGCCACCUCGUUCAAUUUCAAUCCUCACAAAUGGCUUUUGGUGAAUUCGGAUUGUUCGGCCCUUUGGGUGAAAAAUUCGAAGCAUUUGGUGGACACCUUUGCCGUGGACAGGAUUUAUUUGAAACACAAACACGAAGGUGUUAUGCCUGAUUAUAGACAUUGGCAGAUUUCUUUAGGUCGAAGAUUUAGAGCUUUGAAAUUGUGGUUCGUCAUGCGUAUCUACGGAGUCGAGGGCAUUCAGAAACAUAUCAGGACACAGAUCGGAUUAGCCAAUUAUUUCGAAGAACUUGUGGAAAACGACAAAAGAUUCGAAGUUAGCACCAAGAAGUUGGGGCUGGUUUGUUUUAGAAUAAAAGGAAAAAAUAUUUUGACCGAAAAGCUACAGCAGUUACUGACAGAGAGGAAAAAUAUCUAUUGUAUACCGUGUUAUUUUCGAGAAAAAUACGUCAUAAGGUUCGUGGUUUGUAGUAGAUUGACUCUGAAAGAUGAUAUUGAUUAUGCCUGGAAUGAAAUAUGUUCGCAAACGGCGCAAGUAUUUGAAAUGGAUAAAAAUAAUUGCUUAGAAGGACCACCAGCAAAGAAACUAAAAUUUGAGGAAGACGUUUUAAAUAACAAUGCAGAAAUUGUGGAAGAUUAACUGUUUCAGAAUAAAAAUUUUUUAUCACUAGCGAAUGUAAAAUAAAAAAAAUUGAUUAAGCCCUAUAGACUAUUUCUGAUCUAUACGGAUGCAUAUACUUUACAGCUGAUUAAAA